AUGCGUUUCCAUGCGGCCAUCGCCCUCGCAGCAUGUCUCGCUCCGGCAGCUGCCAUUUUCGAGGACGACGCUUAUCACAUUGAUUUCCACUAUGCGCUACUAGGUCUUCCCGCACCAGAGGCCACCUUCUUCCAGAAGCCCUAUGCGGGCUCCAAGGCUUCUCUUUUGUACUCCAUCUCGCAGAACCAGACUAUCGGCGCAAUCAAUCCCAAGGAUGGAGCACUUGUAUGGCGGCAGCACCUGGCCUCGCAACCCGGCCACAAAGGACACCUGCGCUCAGGAAAUGAGCAGGACACAGUUAUCAGCGCUGUCGGAAACCGCGUAACGGCAUGGAGCGCUUCCGAUGGCCGCCUUGUAUGGGAGACUAGCGUUGACGGCGCCGCAGUCGAGGAUCUCGAGAUACUCGAGCAGGAAGAUGGCAUGACCAUCAGCGCGGCCAAAGACGCCAUUGUCCUUGUUACCGACAGCAGCAACAGUGUCAAGAGGCUUGACGGCAAGACCGGUCGCGUCAAGUGGACAUUCGAGGAUACCAGCGGAGACACACCCUUCCAGGUCUCGACCUCACCUACCACCAUCUACUACAUCGCCCUCCACACGCCCAUGCUUGGAGGCUCCAAGCUCCGGGUCACAUCACUCAAUCCCAUCACAGGCAAGAAGCUCGACCAGUACACCCUAAACUCAGACGCUGAGAUAUCCUCGCGCGACCGUAUCCUCUUCGCCGGAGCCAAUACAGCUGCCCCACUACUGGCCUGGACCGACAAGGCGAACAAGGUGCUGAAAGUGAACAUCAUCGGAACCAAGACUGUGUCGACCUUCAACACGCCGGGGGACGAGGUUGUGGAGAACAUCGUCCUGCAUGCUCCUAACCACAUCAACUCGCUCGCUCACUUCCUCGUCGAGUACCAAACCGCCGUCGGUCAUUCCGCCGAAGUUUACCACGUCGACCUCAACAAGCAAACCAUCUCCAAAGCCUACAGCCUUCCAGAGCUAAAGACAAAAGGAACAUUUGCUACGAGCACAUCCGACGCCAAUGUUUACUUCAAUAGGCUUACCCAAGACGAAGUGACUGUCUUCUCUUCGGUUUCACAUGGUGUCUUGGGUCGUUGGACCCUUAGAGGCUCUCCGGCACUUGCGGGCGCCUUCCCUGUGCAUGGCCAGUCCGAGGUCGUUCUGAAAUCCGGCGUCGCGAGCGCUGUACGGUCCGCCGUUCUGUACUCUAAUGGACAGUGGGCACUCCUGCGAAACGAUGAAGUAGCCUGGACCCGGCCUGAAUUCUUGUCUGGCACUAUCUCCGCAGUCUGGGCCGGCCUGCCUGAAGAGGAGGCCCUAGCACAAGCACUUGCUGACGAAAGCCAUCGCAACCUCGUCUCCGCCUACAUCCACCGCGUGCAGAGGCAUGUUCAAGAUUUGAAGUACUUCCCAGCGUGGGCGCAGAGCAUUCCCCAGCGCCUUCUGGGUAGUGUGGUUGGCAAGACAAGGGAAACAACAGUUGACGACAUACAGCAAGAUACUUUCGGCUUCCACAAACUUGUUGUCGUCGCCACUAAGACAGGCCGUCUCGCUGCCCUCGAUGUUGGUUCGCGAGGCAAAGUCAUGUGGAACAUGGACCUUAACCAGUUCGCGCCUGAUACAGCAUUUCAACAACCGACUUUGAAAGCCCAUAGUGGCUACGUUGAAGUGAGGGACUCCAGCUUCCAGGGAUCACUGUUCAUUAAUUCGACAACCGGUGGUCUCAUCUCUUCCGAUAAGAUAAAGGUUGAGGUUCCGCUCAUCGCUGAGGGACAGGAGCUUGUUUCCUUUACAUUGGUUGACGGUACCCUGAAAGGUUCCUUGGAAAGCAAGCCUAGUUCCGAACCAGUAUGGAGCUUCACGCCGCCUGCUGGGGAGAAGAUCGCUAGCUACGUUGCCCGACCGGUUAAGGAUCCUGUUGCCUCUAUCGGAAAAGUGCUAGGAGAUAGGAAGGUACUUUACAAGUACCUGAACCCCAACCUUGUCCUAGUCACAGCAGUCGUUGACUCCGCGCGAUCUGCGUCCAUCUAUCUGCUUGAUUCUGCUUCUGGACAAGUACUACACACCAUGUCACACAACGACGUUGAUACUACACGACCCAUCCCGGCCACCAUCUCAGAGAACUGGUUCGCAUACGCAUUGACCAUUGACUCUACCUCUGGUGCUUCUUCUCGCGGCUACCAGCUCGUCGUCUCUGAUCUUUACGAGUCCCCGCUCCCUGACGACAGGGGACCAUUGGGCGCUACAUCCAACUCUUCUACCGUGCAACCCUCUGGCUCGGAUGGCGACGCUGUGAAGCCUUAUGUAAUAUCGCAAAGUUACCAGGUACCAGCAGAAAUUACGCAUAUGAGUGUUACGCAGACCAGGCAAGGCAUUACCAGCCGCGAGCUCCUUGUCACUGUACCCGCAAUCAACGCUAUAAUUGGUAUUCCAAGAACGGUCAUUGAUCCCCACCGACCAGUCGGCCGUGAUCCUACUGCGCAAGAAGGGUCUGAGGGUCUGGUCAAGUACACACCCCUGAUCAACUUCGACCCGAAAUGGCACCUUACCCACAAGUACGAAGUCUUGGGUAUCAACAACAUUAUCACAAGCGAGAGCGGAAUCGAAAGUACCAGUCUGGUUUUUGCUUAUGGCUUGGAUAUCUUUGGAACAAGAGUUGCACCUAGUUUUGCCUUCGAUAUCCUGGGUAAGGGCUUUAACAAGAUUUCCAUGCUUCUUACUGUUGUUGGACUGUUUGUUGGAGUCUUGUUCGUCGCGCCUUUGGUUAAGCGAAAGCAGAUCAACACCAUGUGGACACUAUGA